AUGAGCUUAAUUCAUCUAUCUGUACUAGAUUUAAGCUAUAACUCUUUAAGUGGAGAGAUACCAUCAGAAAUCAUCAAAAUGCAGAGUUUGGAGGAUCUGAACCUCUCUCAUAAUUAUCUUUCUGGUUUCAUUCCUACGACCUUUGAACAAAUGCAUGGCUUGUUGCAUGUUGACGUAUCCUACAAUGAGUUGCAGGGUCCCAUUCCCAAUAGCAAAGCAUUUGUACAGGCUACCAUGGAAGACUUGCGAGGGAAUAAGGGAUUGUGCGGGAAUGGUAGAGGGCUACAACCAUUCAAACAUAUCUCAAAAAGGCGACAUUCGCUUUUGGUUUACGAGUACCUCGAAUGUGGUAGUUUGAGAACAAUUAUGGAGAAUGAAGAGGCUGCUAAAGAAUUAGAUUGGCCUAAGAGGUUGAAUAUUGUUAAAGGAGUGGCUCAUGCCUUGUCUUACAUGCACCAUGACUGCUCACCACCAAUAAUUCACCGGGACAUUAAAAGUAGCAACAUUUUGAUAGAUUCUCAACAUGAGGCUCAUGUUUCAGACUUUGGCACAGCUAAGCUUCUUGACCUAAACUCAUCCAAUUGGACAUCCUUUGCAGGCACAUAUGGAUAUAUAACACCAGAGCUUGCUUAUACAAUGAAAGUGUCUGAGAAAUGUGAUGUAUAUAGCUUUGAGGUGUUGUCAUUGGAAGUCAUAGAAGGAAAGCAUCCAGGUGAUACCAUCUCCUCACUUUCAUCUCCAUCAACUAAGGAAAAUAUACACCAGAAGGAUGUUUUGGACCCGCGCCUUCCAUUCCCAGAACGUCGAAUUUUGGAUGAUCUUGUAGUUGUUGUAAACCUUGCAACUGAAUGCUUGAAUGCUGAUCCACAGUCUAGGCCUACUAUGCUCAUAAUUUCUCAAGUUUUAUCUUCCAAAACUUCAUGGUCCUAG